AUGUCUACCAAACCAUUAUGGUACAGAUGGGCUAGAGUCUACUUCACUGGCUCUUGUAUUGUUGGUACAGGAGUGGUCUUAUACAAGUACACCACCCCUACCGAUGAGGAACUAAUUGCUGCCUUCUCUCCUGAGAUCAGGGCAGAAUAUGAACGCAACAGGGAAUUAAGACAGAAAGAACAAGCCGAAUUGAUGAGAAUAGCGAAAAUAACUUCCCAGUCAAAUGACCCAAUAUGGAAGACCGGACCUAUUGGUUCCCCAUUCGAGAAAGAUCAGCGUAACUUGAAUCAACAACUUAUCGACUAUGAGCAGACCCGUAGAGAAAGUGGAAACGACCAAAAGAGGAUCGAAAUUGCACAAGCAGAACAAGAUUUGAUAGAAGCUGAAAACUUGGCAAAGAAGAAGUCUAGCUGGUGGAGGAUAGGUUGGUAA